GUGAGUAAUUGCAUAAUUAUGCUUACCGCCAUUUCAAAAAGUUGGAGUUGCAACCCGCUCGGCUAACUUGACAAAUUUACAAAGUUUUGAAAGGCACAGUAAGGCUUUCGAAUUGCUAAGCACGAGACAUGCGCCAUCAGCACAAUGGACUUGGGAGAAGGAGGGACAGCACCGGUCGUUCUGGCGGACUGGCUGGACCGGUUGUUGAACUCAUGGCACGAUUAUAGGAUUGGCUUUUCGACCUUUCUCGUGCUAUGUUUCCUCAUUCUCGUAUGGCGGCGCAGGCGGAGUCACACAUUACACACCCACAACUCCUCUCCAGGGUUAGAGAAGGCUGCUUGGCUUGAGCGAGACGACAAAGAGGCCGAUGAAACAGGCACCGGCACAGAGACACCCGGUGAGGGAGUUCCUCAACCUGCAGUUGGCGAGACUCGAAAACCGAGAAGUUCUGCACCUAAAGUGGUGACUGGCCGUAAACCCAUUGUUACAAAGUCACGGUCCGGAGGACAUCAGCAAGCAGAGUCAUCAUGCAUACAGCCAUUGAUCUUCUUUACCUCGCUGACAGGAACCACGGAGCGUCUCUCGAAGGGUGUACUGGCCAAAAUCGAGAGUCUCGCGGUAACGCAGCCUGCCGUCCUCAAGCCAGAAAUACAUGACCUCUCCUACAUUGACCUCGACGACUACUUCAUCUCAGGUCCCAAGACACCCGUCCCGCGUCCUGACGUCCGUUACGUCUACCUGCUACUCGUACCCUCCUACGACAUCGACACGAUCCUGAACACCUUCCUUGCCCACCUCGAUGAGACUCACAACGACUUCCGAAUUGAUACUGCCUCCAUGUCCUCGCUGGCCGGCUACACUGUUUUUGGCGUCGGAGACAAAGAUGGAUGGCCUACCGAGGAAAAAGGAUUCUGCUCUCAAGCGGUCGAGGUGGACAUGUGGAUGGCCAAAUUGACUGGCAGGAAGAGAGCAUACCCGCUGGGUCUCGGGGAUGUGAAAAGCAACGUUGACCAGACGCUACAAGACUGGACAACCGGAGUAUGUGGCGUCCUCGAAGAGCUUGGCACAACUGGCACAUUGGGCGAGGGUGUCCCUGGUAGUGGUGACGCAGACGAGAGUGACGGGGAAGAUCUAGAGCAAGCAGACGAUGCCGAAGUGGACUUUCCCGACUCUGGCCGAAACAAGAGGAGAAAGCUGGCGAGCGCGACAGAUCUCGAAGAUGUCGGAGGUAAAGGUGCUCCAAUGGCCAUUGACUUCACUACCUACUCUACGACGACACCUUCAGCAUCCGUCGCCUUGAAGGCGAUGGUGCCCAAGGAAUCUCCUACGCACGCGGCGUUGACGAAACAAGGCUAUACCAUCGUCGGCAGCCACUCGGGCGUCAAAAUCUGCCGCUGGACCAAGUCUGCCCUCCGCGGCCGCGGCUCAUGUUACAAGAACUCCUUCUACGGCAUCGCAUCGCACCUGUGCAUGGAAACCACGCCUUCGUUGUCGUGCAGCAAUAAAUGUGUUUUUUGCUGGCGACACGGGACCAAUCCCGUCUCAACGACAUGGCGGUGGCAAGUUGACGAUCCGCAAAUGAUUUUCGAUGGGGCCAAGGAAGGCCACUACAAGAAGAUCAAGAUGAUGCGCGGCGUACCCGGUGUGCGCAGCGAGCGGUUCGAAGAAGCCAUGCGCAUCCGUCACUGCGCAUUGAGUCUGGUCGGCGAACCGAUCUUCUACCCGCGAAUCAACGAGUUUUUGGGUAUGCUACACAGCGAGCAGAUUUCUAGCUUCUUGGUUUGUAAUGCACAGCAUCCACAGCAAUUGCAGGACUUGAGAAGAGUCACGCAGUUGUACGUGAGUAUCGACGCGAGCAACAAGGACAGCCUGCGCAAGAUUGACAGACCUUUGCAUCGAGAUUUCUGGGAGCGCUUCCAGGCGUGUCUCGACAUCCUGCGGGAGAAGCGGUUCGUGCAGCGCACGGUCUACAGACUUACCUUGGUCAAGGGGUUCAAUGUGGACGACGAAGUCGAAGGGUACGCCGACCUCGUUGAGAAGGGAUUACCGUGCUUCGUCGAGGUCAAGGGCGUGACAUUCUGUGGGACCAGUACAUCCGCGGGUGCAGGCCUGACCAUGCAGAACGUGCCGUUUUACGAAGAGGUUGUGGCAUUUGUCGAGGCUUUGGACAAGGCUCUCAAGAAGAGGGGCCUGGACUACGGUAUCGCAGCUGAACACGCGCACAGCUGUUGUGUCUUGCUUGCGAGUAAGCGUUUCUUCAUCAACGAGAAGUGGCAUACGAUCAUCGACUACGAGAAAUUCUUCGGACUGCUGGAGCAAGGCGUGGACUUUGCGCCAGAGGACUAUUGUAAGGAGACGCCUGAGUGGGCUCUUUGGGGCAAUGGCGGAUUUGAUCCGAGAGAUGAGCGUGUUGAUAGGAAGGGAAGGCCGAAGGAGAAGAAGGAGGUGGUCGUUCGGGCGGUGGCUGAGGACAAGUCGCAGCUGGAAUUUUGAAUAUGAUUGCAGCAUGCCCUGUCUAGUUGACAGGCGCCGUAGACUCAUAAAAGGCAUCCUCGAGUACCAUUCUUACGAGACAAACAUCAACAUUAUGACAUCUUCGUC